CCGAAGUCGUCGACAAUUCGGAGUCAUCUCCUCCUCCUAUAUCUACUCUCUUUCUCCUUCAACCCAUCACGUACUUUCCUCUCCACGCUCCAAAGAAAGCAACGAUGGUCCUCGAAGGCCAAAAAAUCCCCGUCGGCGUCCUCGGCGCAACCGGCACCGUAGGCCAACGCUUCAUCGCCCUCCUCGCCUCCCACCCCUACUUCGUCGUCUCCGCCCUCGGCGCCUCAGAACGCUCUGCUGGAAAACCGUAUCGCAAGGCCGUCGCCUGGAAGCAGACGGAUCCGAUCCCGAGUAGUGUGAGGGAUUUGGUCGUGGAGAGGUGUGUGCCGGAGAAGUUUAGGGAGUGUGCGGUGGUGUUUUCGGGGCUGGAUGCGGAUGUGGCGGGCGAGAUUGAGGCCGCCUUCCGCACCGCCGACCUCGCCAUCUUCUCCAACGCAAAAAACUACCGCCGCGACCCCCACGUCCCCCUAAUCGUCCCCCUCGUCAACCCCUCCCACCUCUCCCUCAUCCCCCAACAAAGAUCCCUCCAAUCCCCACCCCUCCGCAAAGGGUUCAUCAUCACCAACGCGAACUGCUCCACCACCGCCUGCGUCAUCCCCCUCGCGGCACUCGAACGCGCUUUCGGACCGCUCGAAUCGUCUAUUAUUACGACUAUGCAGGCGAUUUCGGGCGCGGGGUACCCCGGCGUUCCGAGCUUGGAUAUCUUCGAUAAUGUGGUACCGUAUAUUAGUGGCGAGGAGGAUAAGAUGGAAUGGGAGGCAUUAAAGAUUCUGGGGGGCGUCACGGAAGAUGAGGGAGGAUUGAAGACGUUCGAUAUGCAUUCGAAGACCCCACUGAGGAUAAGCGCAUCGUGUAAUCGCGUCCCCGUCAUCGAAGGUCACACCGCCACCGUCUCCGUCCGCUUCGCGCGCCGGCCUCCGCCCUCGCCACAACAAGUCCGCGAAGCCCUCGCGGCGUAUACGCCCGAGGCGCUCUCGCUCGCAUGUCCGAGCGCGCCGACGCAUACGAUUCACGUGCAUGAGGAGGAGGAUCGCCCGCAGCCGAGAUUGGAUAGGAUGUUUGAAGGGGGCGCGGGUGUGUGUGUGGGAAGGGUGAGGGAGUGUAAGGUGUUGGAUAUUAAGUUUGUCGUGUUGGGGAAUAAUGUGAAUAUUGGGGCGGCGACGAGUAGUAUUAUUAAUGCGGAGUUGGCGAUUGCGAAGGGGGUGGUUCAGGUUUAGAGGUGGUGGUGGUGGUGGUGGUUUGAUGGGAAAGGGAAGAGGGAAGAGGAUGAAGCGAAAUAAAAUGAUACAUGUAGAUCUUAUUUGUGGUUUUAGACGAACGAGAACAAAAUGUACGCAGGUCGAAUGGCUGCUGUAAUAACCUCCAUCUCUACUCUUCAAUCUACCCAUUGUGUCGCGAUCAAUAAC